AUGGCAAACUCCCUGAACCCGGUCGGGUCGGCAUCCCAUAUGUCUUCAUCGUCCCUCAUGCCCGCACGCCAUGAUGCCGAAGCCCGCCCGCGCAACCGACGCCUCAUCAGCACUAUGGACGAUUCUUCCUCGACCAGCGGGCCUAUAGAGAGGCUUUCUGCUUCCUUAAAUGCCCUGCGUACCCCAUCUAGCCGCGAGCCCAGCCCUAUGCCUUCCGGCCACCUGUCCAGGGGCACAUCUACUAAGCCCAAUGCUCGAGAUGCACCUGCCAGCAACCGACGAAACAAUACCGCACCUAGUACUGCUAGUUUUUUGGAUACGACGUGGUCCCAGGGCUGGGCCUCGAUUCAAGGGCUGGCGUCUUCCAUCUUGUCUGGUGGAAGUGUCCACGAUGCAGGCUACGAGUCAGAUCACAGGGAAGGGAGACGGACGGGGUUCAAUUCUCUUAAACGGGACUAUUCUACGCCGCCACGGAAGGCUCCAAAGGAUUGGGGUCCUGCACCUCCAUCGAAUUCUCGGCCUGAUCAUCGAGACAUAGCGGCAGGUUCUCUCGCGGAGAGAGACGCUGCCCUCAAAGCAGCCCGGACGGCGAGCGUCCUGGAGAGCCACGAGGGCGUCAAUGGGGGUCUUGACGUGGCGGGCAGGUACAAGAGGAGGAACUCGGACGAGGUUGCCAGAGACAUGCCGCAAGAGGAGGAAAUUCAAGAUCAACUGGUGUAUAUCCACCACGUGCAACCAACUGACACCUAUGCCGGCAUAGUGCUCAAAUACAGGUGCCGCGAGGACGCAUUCAGAAAGGCCAAUGGCUUGUGGUCUAGGGAUAUCCAAGUGCGAAAAUGGCUAGCCAUACCGGUCGACGCAUGCGAGAUCAAAGGCCGCCCAUGCGAGCCGCCUUCAUAUGAGGGGCAAGCUGUCGACUUGCUGGCUCCAACACCGGAGCCGAGAAGCGCGCAUGGGCGGGGUGGGCUUACUUCCGCUCAACCGCAGCAAGUUGAUUUCUUCAGCUUGCCGGCCACGAAUGGCUCAGCAUCCGAGCUAUCCAAAAAGGAGGAGCAGGAGGAGCCGCCAUGGACUCACGUUCGGUGGGUUGCUCUGGACUCGGUUCCGAACCCAGUUGAGAUCGCCCGUGUUUCCAAGAAAACAAUAGGGUAUUUCCCGCCACGACGGAAGAAGAGCCUCCGAAGCACUUCGACCAUGUCGACACCGAGGCACUCUCUUGAUACUGCAGCGAUAGCAGCCGGGUUCACGGAAAGCCCCGAACAAGUAGGCAGGCCAUCUUCUCGACGUCAAAGCAACCUCAGCAACAGGCCGAACCUACCCAGCACUCCGGGGCUGUCUACACCUGCGUCAUCCAGAAGCAGGAUGAACAGCGAUGCGGGGGACACACGGCCAGCAUGGAUGAGGAGGCCUGGCGGCGUUGGUUCCCUAAGUCGAAGCGUGCGGGCUCCUGGCCCGGAAAAGGAUUACUUGAACUCGUGGGCGAAGAAGCAUCUCCCUGGGAUCGCCAUCGACGAAUCCCUGCCGUCCAUUUCUGUCAUGGGCUCCGAAACCGCCAAUUUUGGGUUUAGGCCAGGGUCUAGCGGCGGGAUCGUCGAAAGCCCCUUCGAUGAGGGCCAGGAUCUCUCGGCGAGUUCCCGUCAAGGCUCGGGUCUUGACCGUGCUGCGGCGACGGUAGAAACGUGGUUGCGCGGCGCCUUCACCAAAUCCCCUGGCACGCCGAUUUUAGGGACCCGGGGCCGCCACCCGGACGAUCUCGAUCUCAUCGAACUGACGGAUACCAACAGUGACGACGGAAGACUGCCUAUGCCGGUUGGCGGCGGGGUGACAAGUUCAGGCUUACUGGAGGCCCCCCCGAUGACGGUCGGCUCCACGAGCAGGAGUGACGGGAAAGGGUCUGUCAGAGGGCGAGGCUCAAGCAAUAUGGGAGCGGCUGCCAAGGGUAAGAAGUCUGAUUAG